CAGCUGCUGUUUCUCCUCGUCGUCUGGGAAGAAAACUUUCACAUUAAGAGUUGCUGAUGCGGAUUUUCUUUCUUUCCCCCUCUCGGCGUUGAUGAGCGCUUGGCUCCUGACAGAAGCGAUUUGGCUCUCAGCUUUGUAGUUCGGAAGAAGUUGGGUCUAUAGAUUUUCCCCUCACUCUCCAUUGAUGUGUUGAGCUUCAGAGGGAAUAAUACCUUCACGUAAAGCAUGUUGCCUUCUCAAGGAGUCCUCCUGCAUCCCUAUGGCGUGCCUAUGAUCGUUCCAGCAGCCCCCUACUUCCCCGGACUGAUCCAGGGUAAUCAAGAAGCAGCAGCUGCCCCGGACACAAUGGCUCAGCCUUACGCAUCGGCCCAGUUUGCACCCCCCCAGAACGGCAUCCCCGCGGAGUACACGGCGCCUCACCCCCACCCCGCUCCGGAGUACACGGGCCAGACCACCGUCCCCGAGCACACGUUAAACCUGUACCCUCCCGCCCAGACACACUCGGAGCAGAGCGCCGCGGACACCAGCGCGCAGACCGUGUCCGGCACCGCAACACAGACAGACGACGCGGCACCAACGGAUGGCCAGCCCCAGACACAACCUUCUGAAAACACAGAAAACAAGUCCCAGCCCAAGCGGCUGCACGUCUCCAACAUCCCCUUCAGGUUCCGGGAUCCGGACCUCCGACAAAUGUUUGGCCAAUUUGGUAAAAUCUUAGAUGUUGAAAUUAUUUUUAAUGAGCGAGGCUCAAAGGGAUUUGGUUUCGUAACUUUCGAAAAUAGUGCCGAUGCGGACAGGGCGAGGGAGAAAUUACACGGCACCGUGGUAGAGGGCCGUAAAAUCGAGGUAAAUAAUGCCACAGCACGUGUAAUGACAAAUAAAAAGACUGUCAACCCUUAUACAAAUGGCUGGAAAUUGAAUCCAGUUGUGGGUGCGGUCUACAGCCCCGAAUUCUAUGCAGGCACCGUGCUGUUGUGCCAGGCAAACCAGGAGGGAUCUUCCAUGUACAGUGCCCCCAGUUCACUUGUAUAUACUUCCGCAAUGCCCGGCUUCCCGUAUCCAGCUGCCACCGCCGCGGCCGCCUACCGAGGGGCCCACCUGCGAGGCCGCGGCCGCACCGUGUACAACACCUUCCGGGCCGCGGCGCCCCCACCCCCGAUCCCGGCCUACGGCGGAGUAGUGUAUCAAGAGCCUGUGUAUGGCAAUAAAUUGCUGCAGGGUGGUUAUGCUGCAUACCGCUACGCCCAGCCAACCCCUGCCACUGCCGCUGCCUACAGUGACAGUUACGGACGAGUUUAUGCUGCCGACCCCUACCACCACACACUUGCUCCAGCCCCCACCUACAGCGUUGGUGCCAUGAAUGCUUUUGCACCCUUGACUGAUGCCAAGACUAGGAGCCAUGCUGAUGAUGUGGGUCUCGUUCUUUCUUCAUUGCAGGCUAGUAUAUACCGAGGGGGAUACAACCGUUUUGCUCCAUACUAAAUGACAAAACCAUUAAAACCUUCCAAUGUGGGGAGAGAGGAAGCUUUCCGAGGCCUGGGUAUUGCAAUACAUGCAGUAGUACAUCAUUUUAGCAGCUCUAAAAAUUAAAAAAGAGGAAAAAAAUUACAUUUUUUAUCUUAUACCUCAGAUAUUUUGUUCUGUGUAUUUUAAUAUUGUGGGUCUUUAAUUUCUGAAGGUUCCGUAGUUUGGUUGCUGGCUGUAGGAGUUUUUGUGGUUGAAAUAGAGAGAUGCUAGCUAUGAAUAAAAACUGGUUUAGGGCCAUAUCCAGAGUGCUAUAUCAUGUAAAUGAAUUAUAUAUGCUGAAUCUUAAGCUACUGGGGUUAUCAGCUGUCUGGGAAGAGUGUAAGUGACUACAAUAGUCAUUUUUUUCUGCAUCUGCAUUAUUUUAUUUUACGAGCGGGAAAGGGUGGGAGGGUCUUAGGGGAUGGGGACCGGGAUUUGGGCUAAAAGGAAACAUAAACUAGUAACUGAUGAAUCCAAACGACCCACUGCACCAACAAUCAUAUAUCAGCGGUUCUAAGUUACUCAUUGAGUUCAAGCCAAAGGUUAUGUUGUUAAGGGGGUGCUUCUCGAAGCACUUUGUGCAUCCAAGUUGAAUGAAGCUGUGCAAACCCACCCUUUAAAACCAUUCCACCUGGCAGUAUUCAGCUUCUUAACCAGCCGCUAGUUAUUUAGGCAAAAACUGCUAGUUAGGCCAUCAACAAGCAUUCUUUUUAUAUUUCUUCCAGUAUAAUAAAUUAUUGAUAUCAUUGCUGACUUUUAUAUUAUGGGAGGGAAAAAAAUAACAUUAAUAAAAAGGUGAUAAAAAGCACUGUUUCUAUUUUUUUCUUUUUUUCCAAAAAAAGAAAGUAAUAAAAACUUAAAUUCUUUGUACCAGUUAAAAAAAAAUGUAUAAAAUUUACAUCUGUGCAGUGGAGUUGUUAAGUUCUAGAAACAGUCUAUGAAGCUUUAGUUUUAGCCUAGUAGAACAACUGUUAGAGACAGAUGUAUAAUUUUUAUGGAAUUACAUGAUAAUCAUAUUCGGAUUUAUAGAAGCAUUUUACAAGUAUUGCAAUCAUUGAGUAGAGAUAAUCAUGGUAUUUUCAUCAGCUUGGUAAUUUUUGAAACAUGACUGUGUUGUGUGAGCAAUCUGCAAUUUUUCCGCCCGUGAGAGCCUGCCCUCCUCCUCUUCCUCGUCCCCAAGGAUUCUCUCAAACCAGUAUCUUUAGUUCUGUCUCCGAGGCCCAGGACACUUGUCAGAAGGAAGCAGAAAAACAAAACAAAACAAAAAAACAGUAGGUUCCACCCUCUUCAUCCCCGAAGAACUACGUCCCCCACUUCGGCAGCAGGGCCAGAGCGACACAGCCGAAAAAUUGCAGUUUGUCUGUACUUCUUCUGUUUGAACUCUUUCCAUGUUGUCCUGUUUACAAGUUAACCUAAGUUGGGGUAUCUGUCACGGGUCUUCCUGUUUUUGUAUUGAAAUAAAAAACAAAACAGCGGCCAGCCGCCUCCCGUAGUUCCGCCAUAGGUCAAUCUUCCGUGUGUUUGUGCAGUGCGGAGCCCUACCGCCCGCACUCCAGUAAAUUCUCAGCUCACCGCUGUGAACCCGCCAAUCCGCUGUAACAACUCUGCUUUAAAAAAACAAAACCAAACAAAACUUAAAAAAAAAAAAAGUGUUUGUGAUCCAGCUUUCUCUUGUCAUCCUAUGUGCAUGCAGUAAGAUCGGUUGGAUAUUAAACCAUCAAUAAAGUUUCACAAGAUUUGAAAACAAAGUUUCUGUAGCUUUGAUAUCUAAGACAGAUUCUCGUUAUCUGGAGAGGAGGAGAGAAGGGGGAGGGGGAAAUGCUUAGCAGCCAGAAGCAUGUCAAAUGUU